AUGAUUGUACAGUUGUCACAACGCAAGAUGCAACGUCAAAAGGAGAAAAUGUUGCUUGACGGGUUCGUUACUACUCAAGAGGUUUUGAGUCAACGCAAUCCCGACAGCAGUGCCAAUCAUGGAAUUCUUUCUGUAACUACCAUGAUUGUACAGUUGUCACAACGCAAGAUGCAACGUCAAAAGGAGAAAAUGUUGCUCGACGGGUUCGUCACAACUCAAGAGGUUUUGAGUCAACGCAAUCCCGAUAGCAGUGCCAAUCAUGGAAUUCUUUCUGUAACUACCGUAUGA